CUGAUUUUCUCUCAAAAUUCACUCAUCAUCAUUCAUCUGGUUUCCUCUUUUUGUCUCCACGCAGCAGCAGCAGCAGCAUCUGGGUUUGUCUUUUCCAGCCUUGUCUCUUUAUGACGCUGCGGCUGCUGCCCUCCCGUCAGCUCGAUCAGGGGAGCGCGCAGAGAAAUGUCUCUCUCUCUGGGCUGCUGAGUGAGGCUGGAGUGCAGCUAACACAGCCGGGGCUAGUGUGAGGCAAAUCCAGUCUACGCGUCAGAACAGCCGAAACAAGGAAUAAUUAGGAGUCUGUUAUUAAAGAGAGCGACGCGCUGAGCAGCAGCUCUUUGACAUAAAUCUCUCCGGAAUGCAGAGCCGGGGCUACGAGCCGCGGAUUCACUGGACUGAGUUGUUCUGAGAGACAGUGCUAAACGUGCAGAAGUGGAGCUGCUCCUCUGUAUUAAGAGUCUGGCCCGAGCUGUCAGAACCACGCCUAUAGGGGCCCACAAUUGGUCCAGAAAGCGUAAAAUCAGCAAUCAAAGGGGCUUGGUUCAUUAGUGUUGGGGAUGGAGGCAGGAAGGACAUGUGAGAUAGUCACAGAUCUGCAGUGAGCGGGGCCACAUCUCUCCAGUCAGUGUGGGAUGACUGAAGCAGAGAAACUGUGAGGCACAAAGCGCAGCCGGGCUCUGCCUUCACCGCGCCGCUCUAGCGACAGGAUCGGCCGAGGAAGCAAAGGAAACGCACAUCAGCAGAACUCUACAACUCUGGGCUCUUUUCUUCACCCUGAUAAUAACGCGCAGUGUGUUGGACACGGCGCCGGACUCCUCUGAAGCGCGGACCUACACCGGCUCCGGGUUUGGGGGGAAAUACCACUAAAAAUCUCCAUUUUUUCACUUCGCUUUUUGUGGAUGCACCGAUGAGAGAUCCAGUUUUCACAGGGACUGCAAUGGCUUAUCACCCUUUCCACGCUCACCGGCCGACAGACUUCCCCAUGUCCGCGUUUCUAGCGGCCGCGCAGCCUUCCUUCUUCCCGGCGCUCAGCCUUCCUCCCGGCGCGCUCUCCAAGCCCGACCACGGCCUGGCCGGGGCGGCGGAGGGGCUCCACCCGGCCCUCAGCCACCAUCAGGCGGCUCAUCUCCGCAGCAUGAAGAGCCUGGAGCCCGAGGAGGAAGUGGACGACGACCCCAAAGUUACACUGGAAGCCAAGGAUCUGUGGGACCAGUUUCAUAAACUCGGGACGGAGAUGGUUAUUACAAAGUCCGGACGGAGGAUGUUCCCUCCGUUCAAAGUGCGGAUAAACGGGCUCGAUAAGAAAGCCAAAUACAUUCUGCUGAUGGACAUCGUGGCGGCGGACGACUGCCGAUACAAGUUCCACAACUCCCGCUGGAUGGUCGCGGGCAAGGCCGACCCCGAGAUGCCCAAGAGGAUGUAUAUCCACCCAGACAGCCCGGCCACCGGCGAGCAGUGGAUGGCCAAGCCUGUUGCUUUCCAUAAACUCAAACUGACCAACAACAUCUCAGACAAGCACGGAUUUACAAUCCUCAACUCCAUGCACAAGUACCAGCCCAGGUUCCACAUAGUCCGGGCCAACGACAUCCUCAAGCUCCCCUACAGCACCUUCAGGACCUACGUGUUCCCGGAGACCGAGUUCGUGGCUGUGACAGCGUAUCAGAACGACAAGAUCACACAGCUUAAGAUCGACAACAACCCUUUCGCCAAAGGAUUCAGAGACACGGGGAAUGGACGGAGAGAGAAAAGCGGUGUUGCUGACAGGAAACAGCUGACCAUGCCGUCCCUCAGGAUGUAUGAGGACCAGUGUAAGGGGGACCGGGAGGGCGCAGACUCGGACGCCUCCUCCAGUGAGCCUCCUGCCGGCAGAGACACCGUCCACUCCCCGCUGGGAGCCGGUUCCAGCCCGCUGAGGUUCAGCAGGCCCAGUCGAGAUGACAAAACGUGCACUGACAGCGAGCAGGAGCUGGAGCAUCAAGACGAGCUCUGCACCGCCUCCAACAGCCCGGGACCUGAACCCGUGUCCCCCUACAGCUCCAGGUGUGAGGAGCGCGUGAGGGAGCGCCCCAGCACGGAAAAGAAGGACGACUCCGUUUUCAGUAUAAGGAACCUGGAGAAGGACAAAGCGGAGAGCAGGAGCAGGAAGGACACCUCAGACGUGUUGACAAAGGACUCAGAGUCCGGGGGAAUCAGUGCCACUAAGGAGGCCUACUCCCCUCUCAUGGUCCAGACCGAGAGCCCCUCGCACUUCAGCCCGGGCCACUUACAAAGCCUGGCUCUGUCUGGUCUCCACAGCCAGCAGUUCUUUAACCCUCUGAACGCCGGAUCGCCCCUGUUGUUUCACCCGGGCCAGUUCGCCAUGGCCCCUGGAGCCUUUUCCGCCAUGGGCAUGGGGCACCUUUUGGCCUCUGUAUCUGGAGCAAGUGGUCUGGAAAAUGGCGGCCUCUCCACCCAGGGCGCAGGAAGCCCCAGCCCCUUCCCCUUCCAUCUGUCCCAGCACAUGCUCGCCUCUCAGGGCAUCCCCAUGCCUCCCUUCGGUGGUCUCUUCCCGUACCCUUACACCUACAUGGCGGCGGCUGCAGCGGCGGCCUCGGCGGCCUCCCUUCCGGCCACCAGCACCGCCAGCCAGCUCUCCAGGAACCCGUUCCUGACCUCGUCCCGGCCUCGGCUCCGCUUCAACCCGUACCAGCUCCCGGUGUCACUGCAGACCUCCAGCCUGCUCACCGCCGGCCUGCAGGGCAGCCACAACCCAAGCUCUGAAUCCUCCAAACCGGGCAGCAGGGAGACCAGCCCGGCCCCAGAGCACCACAGCAGUAACCAUAAGAACGGAGGGUCAUCCGGGAGGACCUCGUCCCCCAAAACCUCCAUGAAGGACUCGGUGAAUGAGCUGCAGAGCAUCCAGAGACUGGUGAGCGGUCUGGAGGGCCAGAGGGAGCCGUCUCCGAGCGCAGACUCUCCCAAGUGAUGAACACUGAGUUUGGGAUGAAGACAAACCAGAGGACUAUAAGUGCAAACGUCCUGUACAGCAUAUGAUGGAGACUGGGAUGAGAGCGAGGCCGAUGUGGGUCGCUGAAGGCCGAUAACUGGUUAUCUUUUGGAACAAAGCUGCAGAAAAACUUUAGUCCCUGUUAUUAAAUCCAACCUUUGAAUGAUCGAGGAUGGAGGACGGAGAUCCUCGCAGACAUCUUUUUGACCUUCAUCAGACACAUAAACUUGUCCUUGGGUCCCUUUUUUUUUUAGGGUUAGCAGUUCUUAAAGUCAGGCGUUCCUUGGUCUAGACUCUGGGACACAUUUCUACAUUGAUAAAUAAAAAAACACUCAAACAAACAUUUAAUGAACUAUAUUUAAAGAUAAUCAUGAACACAUUUUAGAAAACCUAAAAAGAGAAAAAUGGCCACUUCAUUUCAUGGACUUGAUGUAGAGGGAUCCACGUGAUCUUAUAUCAGAGGAAUAUGAUCAUAUCACAGGUGGACCACACAGGCCAGUAUCAGCCCCAGAUAUCGGUCUGACCUGCCUGCAGCUGCACGGACUGAGUGUAACGCAGCAGAGAGUGUGUGUAGAGUGUGUGUGACUUGAAGCAGCCUGCUUACGACCUGAACAGGAGCCUCAUUGCGUCUCUAUGAGCUGCAUCCAAAAACUUUUCUGUUUGUUUUCAGGCCUGGAGGUUUCAACAAGAGCCAGACGGAAGAUCAUUUCAUGCCAGAAAAAUGUUUCUGAACUAUUUAUGUAAUUAAAGAUAAAAACAAUUCUGUAAAUAAAGCUAAGAUCCAAGAAUA